AUGAACGGACAAAGGAGAAGAAAUGAGAGCCAGAAGAGGGCUGCAGACAGAGGACAUUGGGCCAGUAAAAAAGAAUAUAUGCUGGUUGUUGCAGGAAAUGUGGUCGGCCUGGGCAACGUGUGGAGGUUUCCUUACCUCUGCUACAAGAACGGUGGAGGGGCCUUUCUGGUGCCAUAUGUUCUGAUGGCUGUGGUGUGCGGGGUACCUCUGUUCCUGCUGGAGAGCUCCGUCGGCCAGUACACACAGGAAGGAUUCAUCACCUGCUGGAGGAAGUUGUGUCCUCUGGCACAAGGAAUUGGAUGGGCACAAUUGGUGACAAAACUUUACGACUUCAGCUACAUAAUAGUACAAGUCUGGGCUCUCUUCUACCUGGUGUUCUCGUUCAGAGCCCAGCUGCCCUGGACCACCUGUGGGAAUACCUGGAACACAGAGAACUGUGUGGGUUCUCAUAUUCUGGAUUCUUCCUCAUCAAAUCUCACAAUAAAUGCGACCGUGCUGAAAAACGGCACCUCUGCUGCCACUGAAUUUUGGGAGCGGCGGGCGCUGGGCGUCUCCGGAGGCAUUGAGGAGCUGGGCAGUGUGAGGUGGGAGCUGGCGCUGUGUCUUCUGGCCUGCUGGGUGUUCUGCUACUUCAGUAUCUGGAAAGGUGUCAGAUCUUCUGGAAAGGUCGUGUACCUCACUGCCACGUUCCCCUAUGUGAUGCUUCUGAUACUGCUCGUCAGGGGUUGUACUCUACCUGGAGCUUGGGACGGGAUCUACUACUACCUGUAUCCAAACCUGAACCGCCUGGCUAACCUGGAGGUCUGGAUAGAGGCAGGAUCUCAAAUAUGCUUCUCCUACAGUCUGACUGCAGGGGUUCUUAGUGUCCUGGGCAGCUAUAAUAAGUACAACAACAACAACUAUAAGGACUGCUUCUGGCUCUGUCUACUCAACAGCGGGACCAGUCUAGUUGCUGGAUUCGUUGUCUUCUCUGUGCUCGGCUUCAUGGCUCAGAAACAAGGCGUCGCUGUCGAAUCCGUGGUGGAGUCAGGUCCAGGUUUGGCCUUCAUCGCGUACCCUCAGGCCACAGCUAUGAUGCCGUUUCCACAGUUCUGGACCGUCUGUUUCUUCCUGAUGCUCCUUCUCCUGUCUGUCGACACACACUUUGUGACGGUGGAGUGUUUCACCACCACGAUAAGCGACUUGUUUCCGAAGCUGCUUCGUCAACCGGGAAGACACGAGCUGCUCGUCCUCUUCGUCUGCUCGUCCUGCUUCCUCCUCAACCUGCUGUUGGUCACCGAGGGAGGGAUUUACAUUUUCCUGCUGAUUGAUUAUUACACCAUCAACAGAAUGUGCCACUAUUUCUUGGCUUUAUCCGAGUGUCUGGCUCUGGCCUGGAUUUUUGGUGCUGAUCGUUUAAUCAACAUCAUUGAGGACAUGGCGGGACAGAGACCGUCGGUUUUCUUCAAGCUGUGCUGGAAAUACAUCAUUCCUCUGCUGUCGCUGAUGUACUUAAUCGUGUACAUUGUUGACUACAAACACCUCAGCAUCAACGACUGGUACACUUACCCCGACUGGGCGUACGCACUGGGAUGGACCAUGACGCUGUCCUCCCUGGUCAUGGUGCCACUGUGGGCAGGAGGGCAGAUGUGUGUGACGGCAGGAACCUUCAGACAGCGGUUGUCUGUCCUUUGUCGUCCCGCUGAAGAUCUGGACCGGAGAGACAGAGGAGAGGAGGAGACGAGGAGACGAGGAGACGAGGAGACGACCGUUGAACUGAAGACGUUUGCAGUGACAACUUAGCGUCACGUGGACAGUUCAAUCAGUCAUGGUCCAUUUGGGCAGUGCCGCUGCUCGCCAUGUUGGUGCCCUAAGCAGAACUCCUUCAUGAUGUGACAUACAUGACUAAAAGGUGCCGAAUAUUUCUAUACUGAAAUAAUAUCGGCAUUAUAAUUAUUAUAACUACGAUGAUUUUUGUUGUUUUUAGCUCAUUAUGGGAGCGGCGGCGCUGCGUUUGGAUAUUUCUCCAGGAGCAUCAAGUAUAAUCAUGAACGUUCUCUUGGAUCGAUUUCCUUCUCACGCUUCACGUAGUUUCUCUCAGGAGAACAUUUUAAAAUGUCCGAUCCCUCCGUUAAGUUUUCAUCACUUUCACAUAUCACUCUGGAAAUGAACAUAUGGAGAUCAAAGGCUUUUAAAAAUCUUCUUCCUGGAAUACAGGUUAGAUUAUCCUCA